UGGACCUGCUGUUUUUGUGGCCUCUUGCUUAAGAAAAAAUAGUUGUCACCUACUCCUUCUAGGUUUCUUCGCUCCUCUUCCUCCCUUUGGGAUUGAAAGCAAGAGAUCAGAUAGGAAGUAGUGAGUUUUGAAACCAUGGAAAAGCACAGAAUCUGCAAGAUCUGCACCAAGCGCUUAGCCAAUGGCAAGGCCAUGGGGGGCCACAUGAGAUCUCAUCUUGCCAAGCUUCCGAUCCCUCCGACAGUACAACAGCUUGACAACUCGUUCGCCGCCGAUUCAACUCUGCUAUCUCCAUCUCAAUCCUCAUCCUCUUCUCUCAACUUCCCCUCCCCCAUGCAGUCCUACCGAUCUCUCAACCGCGACGUCCUCUCUCUCGUUCCAAACUCCGACAAGGAAAGUGACGCCGACUCUCAACCUAUGAAUCCAACUCGCAGAAUAUCCAAGCGGCGUCGUGAAACCUUUGCACCACUCGUCAAGUCGCCACUCGAACCGGAACUGGUCAGUUCAGUCUCUGAUACUUUCUUUGAAGAAGACGUGGCUAUGUCUCUUCUAAUGCUUUCUAGGGGCAAAUGGCCAAGAACGAAAGAAGAAGUUCAACAUGAAGGUAAGGAUAUUGGGGAUGACCAUUCUCUCCGCCUGAAUCACACGCGAACACGGCCUCGAACAAAGUUCAAGUGCCAGACGUGCAAGAAAGCGUUUCCAUCCUAUCAGGCUCUUGGAGGCCACAGAGCGAACCACAAAAAAACCAAGAAUCAGUCACGAGAAGAGGAUUUGGAAGAUGGUAAAGACGGGGGAACUGCCCGUGGCCGUAGCCGUACAGGUCAUGGCCGCUUUGAGCAGAGAGUCUUUGAAUGUGAAUUCUGUUUUAAGGUGUUCGAAUCUGGUCAAGCAUUGGGUGGACACAAGAAGGUCCACUUUUCCAACUUAGGCAAUGCUAGAAGUUCUUCUGUCGUUAGAUUUGGAGACAAUAUAAUAGAUCUUAAUCAGCCGGCUCAGAUGGAGGAAGAUGAUGAAGCUAGUCAGCUGGUUGACUUCAUCUCAACUGUAUCCGAUGCAGAAUAAGAUCAAAUUAAGUUGAUGGAAAAUUUUAGAGGUACAAAAUUUUCGUAUUUAAAUUGUUGUGGUUUCGUUUGUUCUUCAUUGAUGUAGGCUAGAAAUUUUAAGAUCGUUUUGAUACAAUGGGUUUGUUAAUUUUGGAUUCAGAGAAUUAACUUUG